GGCGCGGCCUGGGAGGUGUCUCCUUGGCCUGUUGGCGCCACUUUCCAUAUCCCCCGGCUGCUUCCUAUUUGCAUCUGGAAAUCUGGUUUUCUCUCCAGAGCCCGAGACGCUCAGUCCACUCCUUCUAGGGUUCCAGUACCCAAGAGUCCAAGAUCCGAGUCCCGGGAUCACUGAUCUCGGUCUCCUGGAGCCAGGCAUCCCGGAUCUACGCCACCUGGGUUGAGCUUUUUGAAGACCUCGGCUACCUGACCGACCUUAAUCCUUGAGGGAAUCAAAGACCCCCCCCACGUCCUGGUUUGAAGAACUGUUCUCCACCCCAAUAAAAAAAGAAAAGCUACCCAGGCUCUCUCAACUCACAGUUUUUGGGGAUUCGACAUCACUGGGAAAAAUAAAGGGAUCUCCGCGCACAGCCCAGGGAGCUUAGGACCCUCCAGUCUCCGAGAUCCAGUGGACGCACAACUUCAAGGACCGUUGCAAAGUUUCAGCCUCCACUCUCCGUCCUAAGGACGUCACACCCAGUCUCUAAGUGCAUAAGGAAUCCUCUUGUUGAAGCUCAGCAUGGCAGUGGAUCCACCUAAGGCUGACCCCAAAGGGGUGGUGGCAGUGGAUUCCACCGCGAACGGUAGCCCCGCUCUGGUAUCCAGAGAGGACCCGGGUGCGAAAGCAGGUGGUUGCUGCGGUUCCCGGGACCAGGUGCGCCGCUGCCUUCGCGCCAACCUGCUGGUGCUGCUCACGGUGGCAGCGGUGGUGGCUGGCGUGGUGCUAGGGCUGGGGGUCUCAGCGGCGGGCGGUGCUGACGCGCUGGGCCCCGCGCACUUGACGGCUUUCGCCUUCCCGGGAGAGCUGCUGCUGCGUCUGCUGAAGAUGAUCAUCCUGCCGCUCGUGGUGUGCAGCCUGAUCGGAGGUGCAGCCAGCCUGGACCCUAACGCGCUCGGCCGUGUGGGCGCCUGGGCGCUGCUCUUUUUCCUGGUCACCACACUGCUCGCGUCGGCGCUCGGUGUGGGCUUGGCCCUGGUGCUGAAGCCGGGCGCCGCUUUUACCGCCACCAACGACUCUGUUGUAGACACCUGUGGCAACAAUGCACCCACCAAAGAGGUGCUGGAUUCCUUUCUGGAUCUUGUGAGAAAUAUUUUCCCCUCCAAUCUGGUGUCUGCUGCCUUCCGCUCUUUUUCUACCUCGUAUGUACCAAGACGACAGUGCACCGGGAAUACAGAGCUUUGCCACUGCCCCAGGGAAACUUGCGCCUGUACGGAACAGAGAGAGAUCAAUGCAACCAUGGUCCAGCUUGGUUGUGAGGUGGAGGGGAUGAACAUCCUGGGCCUGGUGGUGUUUGCUAUUAUCUUCGGUGUGGCUCUAAGGAAGCUGGGGCCCGAGGGUGAGCUGCUCAUUCGUUUCUUCAACUCCUUCAACGAUGCCACCAUGGUCCUGGUCUCCUGGAUUAUGUGGUACGCCCCCGUUGGCAUAUUGUUCCUGGUGGCCAGCAAGAUUGUGGAGAUGAAAGACGUCGGCCAGCUCUUCAUCAGCCUCGGCAAAUACAUCCUGUGCUGCCUGCUGGGCCACGCCAUCCACGGGCUCCUGGUUCUUCCACUUAUCUACUUCCUCUUCACCCGCAAAAACCCCUAUCGAUUCCUGUGGGGCAUCAUGACGCCCCUGGCCACAGCUUUCGGCACCUCUUCUAGCUCUGCCACAUUGCCCCUGAUGAUGAAGUGUGUAGAGGAGAAGAAUGGCGUGGCCAAACACAUCAGCCGGUUCAUCCUGCCCAUCGGCGCCACGGUCAACAUGGACGGGGCGGCGCUGUUCCAGUGUGUGGCGGCGGUGUUCAUCGCACAACUAAAUGGGGUGUCCCUGGACUUCGUGAAGAUCAUCACCAUCCUGGUCACAGCCACUGCGUCCAGUGUCGGGGCCGCAGGUAUUCCUGCAGGGGGCGUCCUGACCCUCGCCAUCAUCCUGGAAGCAGUCAGCCUCCCGGUCAAGGAUAUCUCCUUCAUCUUGGCCGUGGACUGGCUAGUGGACAGGUCCUGUACUGUGCUCAACGUGGAAGGUGAUGCUUUUGGGGCCGGAUUGCUUCAGAGUUAUGUGGAUCGUACCAAGAUGCCAAGCUCAGAGCCUGAACUGAUCCAGGUGAAGAAUGAGGUGUCUCUGAAUCCACUGCCCCUCACCACAGAGGAGGGGAACCCCCUCCUGAAACAGUACCGGGGACCUGCCGGGGACUCCGGUGCCACCUGUGAAAAGGAAUCUGUCAUGUGAAGAUCGGGAGGAACUUUCUGUGCCCUGGUGACUUCACAUUGGAAGCCACCGGGGUCUUGAGAGCAGGAGAGAUGGACUGGGCUCUAGGGGUGGGCUGUUUACGCACUCUGGGAAUCUAGGGGUCCCUGUCUCCUUCCUGGAGAGGCUGUUAGGAGCCUCAUUGCUGGAGUGCAUGUGCUUAUAUACAAAUGUGUCCACAAAUCUCCCUCCGUCCUGUCCCCCAUUCAAAGAAUGACAUUCUCGCCGGGCAGUGGUGGCGCACGCCUUUAAUCCCAGCACUUGGGAGGCAGAGGCAGGUGGAUUUCUGAGUUCAAAGCCAGCCUGGUCUACAGAGUGAGUUCCAGGACAGCCAAGGCUAUACAGAGAAACCCUGUCUCAGAAAAAAAACAAAAAACAAAAAACAAAAAAAAAAGACAUUCUCUGUCACCCAGAGCCAUCGGGCCUAACCGUCUCAGAAAUGGAUUGCCCUGUAGCAUUCUCUACCCUUUGAAGGCAAAAGUAUUGUGAUGCAAUACUAUCUUAAUGUCCCUAGCUGUGGUGUGUGUGUGUGUGCGUGUGUGUAUGUGGGUAUAUAUGUGCGCACACGUGCGUGUCCACUUGCUGUGACCUUCCCAGUGGUCCCUCCAUGACAACUAACACUCCCAUGAGUCCUGAGGGAAAGCCAAGAAGAAGUAACUGUCACUCCAGAACACAUUUUGUGGCAAUAAAAUAGUGUCAAAUGUA